AUGGGUAACCUUUUUUCUUUCGAGUCUAUUAAUUUAGAACGAUCAAAACAAAUAAAACCCGAUGAUAGUGAAACUUGCGAUAUUUCAAACAAAGAGAAGAAUAAUCUUGGUUAUGAAAGGGACGUCAUAAAUCAAGAAAUGGAUCAAGACUGUCCUCAAUUACUCGUACAACCAAUUCCAGUGUUUGUCAUAAAAACUCACUUGAACGACAUAAAUGCAAAAUCCCAUUUAAAAGUUUUUAUAAACGUUUGUUAUAGUAAUGAAAUUGGAAAAGCAUCAUGCUCCUCUGAUAUUAAUAAAAACGAUUGGUGUAUUCCAAAUUGCAUUUCACCAAGACGUUAUGUAAGUGAUUCGAAAAAUAAUCUAAAUUGCAUUAUUGACGUAGUUUUUCACACUGAUUUUGUACUUUCGACUGUCCUUAAUAAUGACUUUAAAGAUUUUGUCAAAGAUGCAGCUCUGAAGUCUAUUGAGAAUAGUUAUAAUAUUGUUUUAGAUAGGGACUUCGUUAAGUACUCUAAAAAGAGUGUAUUCGGUGUGGUUGAGCCGAUUAAAAUUGAACCAUUAAAUAACGUUAGCUCUUUUAUUUCUGAUCUUCAAGAUAGCUCUACACAAACACUUGAUUUGGCUGAUCUAGAAACAUCUUCAUUUAUUACACCGUCGUAUACAAUCAAAUAUCGUUCAGGUGCUAAUAUUCUUGAUGUCAACGAUGAUGAACUGCUUAACUCGAUGCCAACUUUGAAUUUGAAUGAGAUAAUAAUUGAAAUUGAUUUACCAUUACUAGAAGAUUCUAAAAACAUUGUCUUAACAAUUUUAAAAAAUGUUUUGAAGUUAGUUUCUACAAGUUCUGCAUGUUAUAAACUAAAUAUUAAUAUACCGAGCUUCGUUUCAGUAGAUAAUGCUACUGGUGUAUUUGAUACUGACGAGAAAAGGCUAACCGUGUGUCUUCCUGUUUUAAUAGCAACUUCAUUCAUAAAUGACGUCAAAACUAAAGGUGUAAUAGAUGAUGUAGGUAAGGAACCUACAUUAGAAAAUACUGAGGAUAAUUACAACGGUACUUGUAAUUUUGAAAGUUUAGUUACAUCAACUUCAGACAAAUUAUUGUUUAAUAAUACGAAUGGUGAAAAUAUGAACUCAUUUGUUGUAACAACCGACUGCAAAGCAAAUAAUGUUUCUAAUGAUGAAAUUUGUCUUCACAAAACUAAUAUGAAAUUCACUGAAAAUAUAACCUUACCGUCCGAAAAUAAUUCUGAAAAAGUAACUGAUAAAAAUGCAGAGUCUGAAAUUCGGAGUAUUGUUUCUGUGGAGUCUAACACAAUUGAAUUACUGUUGAAUAAUACGGAAUGUCAUGAAACUAAUUUACAUGAUGUAACUGAAAGCAAUUACAAAGAAAAUAAUGUUUCUAAUGACAUUCAUCAUAGCAAAACUGAUAUGAAAUACGCUGUGAGCGGAACACUUCUGUUUAACCGUAAAUCCAAAAAAUUAUUUUAUAAAAAUGCCAAAUCUAAAGUUCAAUAUAUUCCUUCUGCUGUUUAUUACAAUACAGUCAACAAAAGAGGAGUUUUGAAAAAAAAUACUGCAGAUUGUAAAAUCAAUUCAUCAGAUAAUAUAAACAAUAACAGAUUUUAUGAUUCUAAUCAAAAAAAGUCUGUUCGGUUUAAUGAAUAUGCUGUCGUUAAAGAGUUUAACGGUAAUUUGAGUUUGACAAGACAAGUAAAAAAUUAUCAAUGGCAUCGAGAAUUCAAACGUUGGACAAAAUAUUAAAUUUAUAUAAAUUAUAUUUUUCAUUUUCAUUUGUUAAUUAUUGUUUAAAAAGUUUUUACUUUAUUUUAUUUAGU